AUGUCGUCUCCGCCGACCCGUGGCCGCGACGAGCCCGCUUCCUCGUCGUCGUCGUCGCCCGCCUCCCUAUCUAGACUCGACACCUCGCACGCCCGCUCCAAACCACGACCCAAGCUUGUGUCCUUUGGCCGCGACUCGUCGACAGGCGGGCCCCCAGACUCGGAUGCCGACGUCCACAUUGAGUUUAUCCACAGCAACGAUCCUGCGCCCCGCAUGUCUUCCGAAGUCGACCCGCUCCUCAAGGAGGCCAUGUCGCCCAACAGCGACGACGACAGCUGGCUGGCCGAGCACCAGGUCGAAGAGACAAAGUCCAGCUGGUUCCUCUUCCUCCUCACCUUUGGCGGCCUCGGCCUGCAAAUUGGCUGGUCUGUCGAAACCUCAAACGGCUCCCCCUAUCUGCUCUCGCUCGGUCUGAGCAAGUCGAUGCUUGCACUCGUUUGGAUUGCUGGCCCUCUAUCUGGUGUGCUUGUCCAGCCCUAUGUCGGCCUCAAGAGCGACAACUGCCGCCUGCGAUGGGGAAAGCGGAGGCCCUUCAUCAUUGGCGGUGCAGCCGCCACCAUACUCUCUCUCAUGGUUCUCGCUUGGGCAAAGGAGAUUAUUGGCGGCUUCCUAGGCAUCUUCGGUGCAAACCCAGAGUCUCACUUUGUCAAGACAAGCGUCAUGCUCUUCGCCGUCCUGUUCGUCUACGUGCUGGAUUUCGCUAUCAACGUCAUCCAAGCCGGCGUGCGAGCAUACAUUGUCGACGUGGCGCCGACGCACCAGCAAGAGUCUGCCAAUGCUUGGCUGAUGAGGUCGGCUGGCAUUGGCAACAUUCUGGGCUACCUGGCCGGCUACAUCAACCUCCCAGACUACCUUCCCUGGCUCGGUGACAGCCAAUUCAAAGUCCUUUGCGCCAUCGCAUCCUUUGUCAUGGCUCUCACUGUCGGCGUCAGUUGCUCGGCAUGCUCCGAGCGCGAUCCACAGUUUGAUACGGCGCCCGCUAACCAGCAGGACGGCGUCAUUGCCUUUUUCAGGGGGCUUGCGCGCUCAGUCAGGAAACUGCCUCCCCAAAUCAAAAAGGUCUGCACUGUGCAGUUCUUUGCCUGGAUCGGAUGGUUCCCCUUUCUCUUCUACAUUACCACGUAUGUCGGCGAGAUUUACGCGGAUCCCUACUUUGAAGAGGACCCUCACCUCCCGGACAGCAAAAUUGACGGCAUCCUCGAAGAUGGUACCAGAAUCGGCACGAGGGCUCUGUUGAUUUUUGCCAUUACCACAUUUGUUGCCUCCGUUAUCCUGCCAUUCGUCAUUCCCCCGACAUUCCAGCCGCCUGAGCCCGAGCGUCCCAUUACGCCCGCGACCCCUAUGACGCCAACGACCCCUCAUUCCAUGAAUGGCUCUAGCUACUUUGCACUAAGUCACGCCCCUAAAGGAAGUAAAAAGACGUUCAUGGACAGGGUAUCCAGCUCCAUGGAAUCCCUGCAAAUUCAGUCGCUCACCCUUCGUCGCUCAUGGUUCUUGUCACACAUUUUGUUCGCCGUGCUCAUGGGCUUGACCUUCUUUGUCCGGAGCACCUGGGGUGCUACCAUCCUUGUAGGUGCGAUUGGCAUUCCUUGGUGCAUAACAAAUUGGGCGCCAUUCGCCAUCAUUUCUUCUGAAAUCUCCAAGAGAGAUGCCAUUCGUCGUGGCAUCAUCAAACCACGCGACCGCGAGGCACAACUCAUCGCAGAGGGUGAAGAUGAUGGUUCAGGCGCAGACUCGGCUGGCGUUGUCCUUGGCAUUCAUAACGUCGCCAUUGCAGCACCCCAAGUUAUUGCAACCCUGAUCAGCGCCAUUCUGUUCAAAAUCCUCCAGAAGCCUAGAGGCACAGCAGGUGAUACGAGUGUAGCCUGGGUGCUGCGCUUUGGAGGUCUCUGCGCUCUUGUAGCUGCGUGGCUGACACUACGAGUCAGCGAAGAGAAGGAGGACGUCGAGUCUGAGGAGCCUUUCAGGAGAAGGCGGAUGUCCUAG